AUGGAUUCCAUGUCUGUGGACGAUCACGAGACAGAUAUUGCCUCCAGAAUUAUGCCUGCUGCUUCCAUCGCUGCAGACCACCCGUCAGUUCCGAUCGGGCCAGAUCCUGGCUCAAUGACCGGUGGUAUGGUAUCUAUUAUGUCUCCGCCAAAUAGUGCGCCGGUUGACAAACAAACUCCAAAUCUAUCGGUUAGGAACAACACCACUUAUCCUAACCAUGUGAGCCCCUUGACCUCGCUGUUUCUUGAUGGGGACGUUUGGAAAGAUCAGACCUCUCCCCUGCCACCCCCGGUGUGGGAUUAUCUACGUGACAAUAGGGAGUGGGAUACUCUUCUCACAGGAGAAAACUUUGAUCUGGAUGCGGUCAAUUUGUCCUUACUAUGCGCAACAUCAGACUAUCCACCACCAGACGCCAUGCCCGACUUAGACACGAGUCGACUCCAACCAACUCCCAAUCUUGUCGCAGACUCUAUUAAGCGACAUACAAACCUAAUUCAGGAGAAAUGGCAUACCUUCUCUGAAACCUGUUCUGGUCAAAUGACUCCAGGACAACCGGAGAACAGUAUUAUUGAUGAGUCUUAUCGUAAACGACUCGCAGAGCGUCUCCAACCACGCGUACAGCAUGGAAUUCUACCAUCAACACCUUUUCUUGACCUAUGCAUCCAAGCAUACUUCUCCAAAUUUCACCCUUUAUUCCCUAUUGUGCACGUGCCCACUUUUCGACCCGGGACCCAAAAUUCGAUUCUUCUUCUUUCCAUAUGUUCCGCAGGAAGCCUAGUAGUAGGGUCACCGCGUGCAAUAUCUCACGGUAUCAGCAUGUUUGAAAGGCUGAACAAAGCUAUUCUCUCUUCGAGACCAAAGCAUCUUGCAGGAAUUGACGUAUUCCACGGCACUAUAGUUGGAUGGGCACGGAAGAUGAAGCUCUUCAACUUACCGCGGUUGGAAUACAAUCCUAUCGAUGUCAACGGUCAGGCGCUUGAGGAUAUGUGGCUAGAUUGGGUUCAACUGGAGGUUAAAAAAAGGAUUGCUCUGGCCAUAACCAUUCACAAUGCCGAGCUAGCCAUUCUUAAUCAGCACGAACCUAUUCUACGAAGCUCACCUGAACGCCUCCCUCGUCUAUCCUCCGACGACCUGUUCAUGGCAUCUAGUGCUAACCACUGGAAAGAACUAAUGGUAGAAGCUCAAAUACAAAAGCCUUCCACGGAAAUCCUUGGUUCAUCAUCAACAACGAUCCCGAACCGAUUCUACAACCGCAUCCCCCAGGCUAACCCAACGGGGGACUUCGAACUAUGCGCCAUGCUAGAAUGCAUAAGUGCGCUCGCCAGUGAAGAGCGAGAACAAGAAUCAGGAAUUGAUCAUUCCGCAUCGUCGCAAACCUCCAGAUGUCACCACCUCCUCAUAAAUUGGUACGCCAACUACCAGCCCACCAUGGCCGGAAGACCAAGCUGGUCCUGUCUUAUGAUGCUCUGGCACUCGGUUUUCAUCAUGCUCCAUGUUGAUCUCAACGCCCUAGAAUGCGUCUUGGGUCGAGAAGGUUAUGACGUUGCCCAGACCCAUCUUCCCUACAUACGAGACUGGGUUCGCUCUAUGGAUGCGAAACGAUGUCUUUUACAUGCUAUGCUCAUUCAGAAAGAUUUCGAGUCUCUCCCCGCGGGUGCAGAGCCGGCAUUCCAUGUUCCAAUGUGCUUGUAUUAUUGUGGUCUAGUCUGGUCAUGCUUUUUGUCUUUCAGAGCAGACCAAAACCCAGUUACUCUAGUCGCAGGAGACAAUUUUCAAUUCAACGAGCUGAGACUACAGGGUGUUGAUGAUAUUGGACCGCUUUUGGAACAGAUGGGUGGUUUACAGCCCACUAAAAUGGCGAUGGGGUCUUUGUUCAGGAUUAUUGAUCUGUUGCAGCGGAUCAGUCAUUGGAAAAUCUCGCAGGGUUUGGCGUCGACUCUUUUGGCGCUUGCUGAAGAGACACAGGAUCUGUUUUGA